UGAACUCAUCACUCCAGCACAGCGAGCAACAACUCAAAAAAGGAGCAGAGCAGAGCAGAGCAGAGGAGGGGGAAGAGACCAGCCAGCCAGGCAGCCAUGGAAAUGGGCGACAGCUUCGAGUACUACUGGGAGACGCAGCAGUACCUGGAGUCAGAGGAGCUCAGCAUCUACCUUGGUACGCAGGACGACGCCCUGUCCUGCUACGACUCCAGCUCGCCGGACGGCUCCAUCUCCAAUAACUCCUCCUGGGCCGCGCCGGCGGGGACGGUGGCCACGGCGGCGGCCGGAAAGGAGGAGGAGGGCCCCGGCGGCGCGGGCGGAGGUGGUGCGGUGGCCGCCGCGAACAAGAACAUCAUCAUGGAGCGCGACCGCCGGCGCAAGCUCAACGAGAAGCUCUACGCGCUGCGCAGCGUCGUGCCCAACAUCACCAAGAUGGACAAGGCGUCGAUCAUCAAGGACGCGAUCGAGUACAUCGAGGCGCUGCAGGCGGAGGAGCGGCGGAUGCUGCAGGAGGUGCGCGCGCUGGAGGAGGCAGACGCCGCCGAGGAGCGCUGCGAGUACGACGAGUACGGCGAGGAGGGCGCGCUCCUGCAGGCGGCGGAUCGGGGGAGGAAGAAGAUGAAGCGGACGCAGUCCGUGCCUUCGUCGUCCGUCCCGGCGGCCGCGGCGCCCGUGGAGGUCCUGGAGCUCCGCGUGUCGGAGGUGGGCGACCGCGUGCUGGUGGUCAACGUGACGUGCGGCAAGGGCCGCGACGCCAUGGCCCGCGUGUGCCGCGCCGUCGAGGAGCUCCGCCUCCGCGUCAUCACCGCCAGCAUCACCUCCGUCGCCGGCUGCCUCAUGCACACCAUCUUCGUCGAGGUGGAUUUGGAUGAAGCGAAUCGUAUUCAAAUGAAGCACAUGAUUGAGGCCGCUCUGAGUCAGCUAGAUGCCGCCGGGAGUCCGCCAAGUGCGAUGAGCUAUUAGAAAGGGAUAAUCACGAUGCUGACGUCAGCCGUCCUAGAUAGCUAGCUAGCUAUUUUGGUCGACCAUGUAGGAGUCAACAAAUGCGAAGCCAAUGGUGUUUCCAGUGCUGCUCUCUUUUUUAUUUAUUUAUUUUUCUACGCCCCUUGCGCAUUAUAGGAAUUAAUUAAAUAGGAGGUGGCUGAUUUUCUAGAGGCACUAUGUCAGGGGUGUGAUGGGGCUUUUAUAGAACUUUGAUGUAAUGAACUGAGAUGUAAAUUCCCAAAUAAGAAGUUCAUUGACUCCGGAUGGUCUC